AUGGUCGUUGUGGCGUGCGUUGUUAUGGUGGUCGUACCUCCUGUCGCCGUCGGCGCGACGCCCAGUACCGCCGAUACCAGACUGCUCGCCGAAGACAGCGCCGCGCUGAUCCGGCUUGCCGGCACGCUCUGCUUGUCCGCUGCGCACACGUCGGCCACGACCUCGACAAACUGGGCGUCGAUGGUGUCGAUGACGCUGUUGGCCGUGGAGGCGCUGGCGUCGCCGUUGCUCAAGAGGCAAAACUGGGCCACGCAGGACACGACGUCGCCGAGGAAGGCGGUCUGGGCCGACGCCGCGCAGACACAGCCGGUGUCUCGGGCGCCGCAGCCGUUGUGGUUGACACAGAGGCCGAGGCAGCCGGAGAAGGCGACCUUGGUGGACGAGGCCGAGGCGAGUGGGGACAGGGAUGUGACGGCGGCGGCCAGGGCGAACGCUCGUUGGCGGGCUGUCGUAUGA